AUGGGCAUUCGGGCGGCGUACAAAGGACGCCCUGCUAGCCGCUGGCUGGCCGGCAAGGUCAACCAUUGUUUCGCCGACGGACUUGUUCGUAGAGUCGCCGGCGGCAGUGAUAGCCGCACAAGACAGUUUUUUUGACCCUUGUUCUUCUACCUUUCUGUGGCGCUUGGUUCUUGUUUGUCAACAAAUCUUGUUGGUUUUGGCGUGGUCGAAAAAGGUUUUCGCGCAGCUGAUGUCGUUCUUCAGAGUCUCUGGUUCCUUCUUUUAUCUUUUAUUUUUAAUUAUUUACUCCCUUUCAACAUCAAAGUCAUGAAGUGAUAGUUUCAGUUCUACAGCCUUAAAAUCCUAAAAAAAAAGUUGUUUACUACGUUCUGCAAAUUUGAACAAUCCUCUGAAAUUUUUCGACCUAUCCAAGUUUCACCUUGAUUUAGAGUUUUCCAAACUAAUUACCUGCUUUAUUUAGCUUCUCAGAUAAUUAUUUUUUUGCCUGUACAAAAUCAUAAACUCAUAUUUUGAACGCUGGCCUUCUUUAUUGGAUUUUUGCCAUUGCUAAAAAAAUUCGAAUUUUUCCCUCUUCCCCUUUUAAUCAUAAAUUUUCACUUAUAAAACGCCAAAACUCUUUUCUCUUUCUACCAACUUUUCAAUUUGUCCUUUACUCGUUCCUUUGUUCUUUUGCUUUAGAACCUUAUCACUAAGAAUAUAUGAUAAAGGCCCGCAAGCCUCGACCAUUUCCCAUUGUUUUGAUGCAACUUGCGGCAUUUUUUGAAUUUCUCUUCCUUUCUUUCAACAUUUUCUCCUUUUUUGGAUAAAAACGCAAAGGCAAUUCUUUUCUGCCGGCAAAAGGCGGUGGCGUUGAAUAGUGACUUUGAUAUUGUAGAGAGAUAAGAGUAGCCGAGGCCAAAUAACAGGAAGGCAAGACCAUUGAAAACCCGAGUGGCAGAACAUCCUCUGGUCUUUUUUAUGAUCUCUUAGGAACUUGAAGGGGUUGGAUUAUUGGACUAUUUUUGAGAACUGAAAAAUAUUUUUUCAAAGCUUGCAUGAGGUUAAAUUUUUUUUUCUGGAUUUGUUCAUACCGAUUUUUUUUUUGAAGUUUGUUCCCUACCAAGUCCAUUUACAACUUUGAAAAUGAUUGAUGAAUUAUAGAAAAUGCGUGUAAAUUUUGCGUUUAUUGAUAUUCCUCUAGUUUUUGGAUAAAAAAAUGGAAGUAAAUUUCAAAAUCGAUAUUUCAUUGUUUUCUCUGAGAUGAAAAUCACUUCAUUAGGUCCUGACUCGAGACAAGACUUGUAAAACCAGCAAAAAAUCCGAAAAAACCUCUUUGAACUUUGUCUCAAGACAGCAGUGAAUGAACUAUAGCAUAAUUUGCGUGACGAACACGCGUUCUGAAAACUGUAUUUGUUUUCAAAAUUGGCAAGCGGCCACUGAGGUUCCUUCGCGUUUCUCGAAGUGGGUUGAGUGAGUAGGGCAUUGUACGAGGAAGAACGGUGCGCGAAUUUCCCGCAUAUACAGCAGAUUCGAUUCAAAAGAGCGUCUAAAAAGGACAUUUACAGGCGGCGAGUUGAAGAAUACUUCGGCUCGCCUCUCGACAUACUGGCCUAGGAACUCGUAACUUUGCCGCCAAUCGCCGCAUCUUGAGGGUAUUCUGCUGCGCAGCGCUACCGUAACGCGUGUGAGCUUUCCAGUGCACUUAUGAAUUCCAUCGCUUCCCUUGAAACUCUUUUCACAAUGCUGUGGGAUUCAUCUUAAUCAUUCAUACCUCUCCGCGAAGAUUCGAGAUUCAUUCUUGGGUUUGUACGUCCUGAAAGUGCUAUCAUGUUUCAUCCUUUCAAAAGAUCCAUUUUUGCUGUAUAUCAGAAUAGACGCAUUACUAUUCUCAGCUCUAAAGACCUGAAAUUUUGUUUCAAUAAAAUACGGCGUUUCCAGCCAAACAUCCGCUGUUGGCUGAAAUUCACCUGCCAUUUCUCAUGAAAUUUGCCGAGUUUUUCAAGUUUUUUUUCUUACUCUGAGCGCUUUAGAAAUCAUACAGUGGAGAAUCAGACCUGAAGGUUUUUUUAAAUUUUUUUUAAUUUGAUCACCUUUUGAAAUCUGCUAAUUAUCCAAAUUUUGAAUUUCACAUCCGCCAUCCCACUGUCCAAUGGAAAGUCUCAAAUGAAGAUUUUUCCCUCAGUUUUCGAUAUUUUAUUCCUACUUUUUCCUUAAAAUAAUUUUUCAAUCCUGAGAUCUUCCAAGCUAUUUCAUCGAUCUUCUCCUCCCUCAAAUGAUCUUUGAAUUGACCACCUGCUCUUUCUCUAAUUUCAGUUUCAUUUUUUUCCCUGUGAUUAGAAUCAAAUUAUUUUUUCCCGAAAAUAAUUUUUUUUUUCUGAUUCUCUUUCUUGAUUAUUAUUCUCCUUUUUUUUUGAGUAAGUGAUAAGAAACUGAGAUUUUCAGGGCACGAACUAUUCCGCCACAACUAUACAAACCGUCUUCUUCCUCUGGACUGCACUCAGUGGUGAGUUUAAAUUUACGAAUUUAUCGAUUGGUUUUCCCUAUUUGGAUAAAAACUGCUUCAAGACGCAAGUAGACUUUAUUGUAUCUUUUUGAGCGUGCAGAGAUAUUCUCUUUUUAUCCGUUUGCCGGAAAGUGGCAAAUCUCUAAAUUCGAUGUUACGCCUUCUAAAUCUAAGCGGUUUAUCGUUUCUUCUUCCAACUAAAGAAGCAUACGUAGUUUGUGUCGUCAAAAUUUGAAAGGUUUUUCAGUCUCUGACGGAAAAUCUGUUAAGCUUUUGUAGUAAAUAAGACGUAUGGUUGGAUAACGCCGUCACACGGUUCAAUCCGCGAUUAUGCCGAGCUUUCAAAGCUCCUCCCGUUCCUUGGACGAUAAAUUUCAGAAAGUUGACCAUUUCGGUUGUUCUUGGCUUUUUUUGUUUCUAUUUUUCUACUCUUUUUUUCUUAUUUUUUUACUUGACUAUUUCCAAUUCAUUCACGAUCAGUUUAAGCCUCCGACUGGAAAAAAUUUCCUAUCGCAAAAUUUUUUAUGAACAACAUCCUUUUCGUACACUGUAUAAAUGUGUUUUUUUAAAAAAUAUUAUUAUCAAUGUAUGAUUUGACUAAUAAUCGACUUCAAUUUCGAAAAAUUUGACUAAAUGUUCAAGCUGUCAUUUUUGAUAGUACAACUCGAAAAAAAUUCUAAAUUGAAGGUUUUUCGAACUAUUUUUUCAAAAAAUUUUUUUUCUCCACGUUCUACUAUGUUUAUGUGGAUUGUUUUAAAAAACAUAAAUAAGAACCUUCUUUCAUCUAAGUUGUCAAAUAAGACCAUUAGGGGUUCUUCUACCACAGAAACUAAUUUCAAUGAGAAUAUACCGCCUCUUUUUAUCAUCUCUUUUUUAAUUUUUUCAGUUGUCAUGUUUUUCAGUUUCAUCACCGAGCUAUAAGUCAGAAUCCUUAUAGAUUAAAGAUUUCAAUUCUUUCUUUCACAAUAUCACUUAGAUAAUUAAACUAAAAGAUAAUUAGGAGGAGCUUUUUCGGCAGAACGCACCGGAGGCGCCUCAUGAAAAAGUCAAAAGGCCGAUGAAUACAGUGGAGAUGGAUGGGGCUGGCAUCAGAAGCUUGCGAGGCACCGCCACCCGAGUUCGGCAUUAUGUGCGCUCUGUCGUGAAAGGUUCAAUGACAAGUUCCUGUCACUCGCCGAGUCGCUUGUUUCGCACAAUUUACUCUUGUCAACAGACACAUCCCAAGCGGUCUAAUAAUGAAUUCGGAUGAGAAGCCUUUUCAUUGAACUUUUUUGGAUUAUUCAGUUUUGAGUUAUGAGGCAAUUUAGAAAAAGUUUCAAAAUGUGCAGUUGUAAAUAUAAAGUUUCCCAGCCAAUAAAUCGGAGCUUCUUCCGCAUAAAAAGUGUGAUUUUAUUGAGAAUAAAUUUUUGAGGCUUAAAAAAUGGUGGCAAUGACUUGAGAUUCUUUAUUAGAACGAUGGAAAUUAAUCUGAAAAAAUAUAUCUUUUUUUUGAAGAAGAACAGGAGAAUUUGAGUUUUCUUUUUGAUGGGAAAGUUAAGAGUAAAAUCCAAACUGAGGUCUUUUAAGUAAUUUUUUUAAUUCAAAAAGUUUUGGCUCAAAAAUUUCGCGUGAAUUUAGAAGUUGAUCAGAAAAAAAUUCAUUUCACGCGCCUUUCAGUUUACAAUUUGAUCAAUAACUUAUCAUAAUUUCUUCCUACCCUUUCUCAGAAUUAUUAGAAACACGAAAAUCUUAAUUUCAAAUUAAGAAGAAUGCCGUUUUUUUCGAUUAAACAGAUAAUUCAACUUCCGUUUAUAAUUUUUUUCUUUUGAAAGUUGGGAAGCACGACAAUGAAAAAAAUUGAUAAAUAACUCCAGAAUCCAUUGCUUCAAAGAAUGGUUAACUCUAGAUUUUAUUCAAAACCGAAUUAUGUAAGUAAUGGAAGAAAAUAGUUUUUUUCUCAAAAAUUUUCACACUGGAAUUAUUUCUUCCUUCAGUAAGAUUCUAUCAGUGAGCUCUCGUAAAUCUCAUACUGACACGGACAUCGGCAAAAAGUCGCGACAGCCAAGUGUUGCGAUCGCAACAUUGGAUGAUAGAUCUAAUGCAACGAACCGAUUGACAAAAAGAUCGAGAAAAAAAAGUUUUGGGAGAGAAGCGCGGCUGGCGAACGCUAUCCGGAGAAACAGUUGCCCCCAGCAAUUGUCCAUUGUUAAUGUUGCGAAAAGCGUUUUUUUCCUUGUUUACAAAAGACCACAAGCUAGCACGGGCUGCGGAGCUGAGUGAUAGGUGACCAAGGGCAUUGUGCCACACUUCUCAGCUUCUUGCCGUUAUCUCUGAAUCUCAAGCCUCGCUCGAAACUUUUUGGUAUGUUUUCUUUUUUUUUUAGGAAAAAAGUGGUUUACAACGUAGGGAAAUGGCUGAAUGAAAUGCAAAAAAAGGUUCAUUCUUUCGGAAAUUUGGGUUAUUCUUCAAGUAAUUCGAAAGCUCUUAGAAAUGAAGCUCAGCUUUUUUUCCAUUCAAAUUUCUUUUUGAAAAAUUUGUUUAAAAAAAUAAAGAAGUUCCGAACUUUCCAGUACUAACCUAAAAAAAUUCUCACUUAAUGUUCUAACUUUUUUUAUCCAAAAAAAUUCACCAGGUCGAUUAGAAAAAUCCCAAGGUUUCAAUCGAAAUUUUUCAGGUUUUUCCUUCAUAGGCAAGUCAAAGAUUAUUCUCCCACACUAUUUAAUUAGCCGGUCCAGAUUUCAACAUAAUAGCUAAUCUGAGAUCGAUCCUCUAAAGCCCCUGCCCUGAACCAACAGAACAAUUUGAGAGGCGUUCAGAUUUGAAUGUAAUCAUGUGCCGAAUUCUUACAACACGACACGCACUGUCGAUUAUGCGGUUCGAGUUGUGGCGGAGGGGUCGGAAGCAAAAGCAACAGAUCCGAUAUCUGAUCUGUGGAAGUGUAAUUAGCUCACACAAGGCCCCGUGAACAUAUUAUUUCGCGACUCGAAUUGUCCAGCAGUCAGCUUUGUUUGAAUGUUGUGACAGCUCUCUGCCGCUAACUUUUUUUCCAAGUCUGAAGAUGAUCUUGCUUCAGGAAAUAAACUACAAGAAGCAAGGAGUUAACGAGAUCUUAAAAACUUGGAAAAGCCUUACUCGUAGUCCAGAAAUAGGCACAAGUUUCGGUUUUGAAGUAAAAAUAUUUCAAAAAAAAAAAACUGAAGUCUUGUGAAAUUGCCAUUCUCAUAGAGUUCUUGAUUGUUCAAACCCAGGCAGCCAGGCAAUCUGAAGCUUUCAAAACUUGAAGCUGAACUUCAAAAAUUAUUUUUGGCCAUUUACAUCAACUACCCAAUCGAGAACUUUCUGUUGAACUUCAAAUUUUGUGCUUAUACUUUUCCUAAACAUAAUAAUUAAUCAAAUUCAGCAGAUUUUGAUUCUAGAUUUUCAUGUCGAAGAUCGAGUUGGCUCAAAAAACUUGCCAUGUGUAAAACUCGUGAGAUACAUUAUCAAAAUAGUUAUGGGUAAAUCCUACGCUCGGAUGAGAUUUUACUUUUUCCAAGAACAACGCUAUCUUUUUCGAUAAGAAUAUUUAAUGCGCGGGGUUCUCAGAAACAUUCAGCUUUUCCGUUGUGAUGAGCUUCCGAUUCCACCUAGAAGGGAUGAAAAAGCGAUUUGCUCCAAAUAAACUCGAAACGUUGAUUUAUGAAACUAUUGCCUCGGGGUUUAUUUCAAAACAUUGUCUAAAUCAGAUUGAAAAAAACUUAGAAAUCCCCCAAUGAAUAUAAAUAGACUAAUAGAUUUUUAUACUUUUAAUAUCUCGAUCCUGGAGAAUGUUUCGUACAGCUCUUAUCGGAAUUAUGUAGAAAAAAAUGUACUAAUAACAAUUUCUUUUCUCUUUUUUUGUUGCCAAAAUGAGAAAAAAAGCGCACAAAAGGUAACUCACAUCUCUGCGAAAUAGGACCAACACGUUCCCAGAACGUUUCAUUCCGUUACCAUUGUGAGGUACAGUGAGCCCAUUGUGAUAAGCAAUCGACGGAGGGUCGUCUGAAUGCGAGUGUUACUCAUAAUACGCUGGAGCAAGCCUUCGGGUGUCACCGAAAGAGCGUUCUCAGACCGCCGGCGCGUUCUUUCCGUCAAAGGAAACUGUUUUGCGCAUUAUGCCGCACAUUGUGACGCCGAUGAAUGCUUACAUAAAAACUUUGGAUGUCGCAAAAGACACCAAAGAAGAUUUCCUGAAUCGGCUUGUGAGCUUCUGACAAGUUUUGAUGUUGUCAUAUACGCAGCGCGAGAUUUUCAAAAGCGGCUAAUCUUGCUGUUUGAAUGUUAUUAGCUCCAGGAUUUCGCUAUAAAUGUGAAGUUUUCGUCAACUGAAAACUAUGGUCUCAUGUAAACAACAGAAAAAGAGUUUGAAACUUGAACUUUGUCCAAUUUGCCAGAAUGACCCAAAGACGGUUCAACAGCCGUAAUUUUUUGAAAGCGAACAGUGUUCGAUGGCAUCUAGAUCAUUAUCGUCUUUUUCCGAUGACUUUUGGAUGUUCAGGAAGGAGUUUGAGAUGAAUCUGUUCUAUUCAUGGACCAUUUUUGUAGAAAUUUCUGAAGCCGGUCUGAUUUAUAAAUAUUAUUAGACAUGAAAUUGGCAAAUCGACUUGGGGCGCCGACGCCGCUCAAGCGGCACAAAGUCGUAAGAAGAAGAAGAAAAAUUAGACAAGAAAUAAAAAAAUUUGCCAUUUUUUGGAUGUUUACUUCAGCUGAAAAUGAAUUCGCAAUUUUACUUCAAGUUCCAUGAUCCCACUUGGAGAAAAAUAGAAAAAACUUUCUUCCGAGCAAGUGAUUUAUAACCUUUUCUUCCACAUAGUAUGGUUUCCACAAGACUUUUCCCAGUAGUUUCUUUCCAAAAUUCCGCUCAAAAGAUGUUCUGAUGAUUCCUAGGAUGACCCUUAUCAUAGUAAAGCAGCUUAGGCUAAUUAUUCGAGCUCGAUCUAAGCAUUAGCACGUCUUCCGGCGCUCUAAGAGCUGUUGUGCGUGCACGGAAGCCACCAGCCGGUAAGGCUAUUAAUUCAUAUUUCGACGCAAUGGCUCUCACAACAAGCUCAGGUAGAGCGGGAGGAGUCCCGGACUGAGACAUCUGGCGCCUUUGCGUGUUUUAGCUAUAUGAAUAAUGCGGAUGUGGGCUACGGUACCUAAUGGAUGUUCAUUAUCGAGAUAACGUCGUGGCAGCCACCUAUCGUCUUCAUUUGAAGCGUUGACUUUUCCUACUCCCUUCUUCAUAGUUUUAGUGGAUUUUUGGUAUAAGCUUUGAGUUAAAGAAAAAAUGAAGGUUGAAAAUAUCCAAAGUUCCAUCAUUAACUUGAGCAAAACCGUCAGAGAAGUUGAUUAAAAAAACGGGAGAACCUUUUUUCCAGAACCUUCAAAAAAUAUUCAACCAUUUUUGACAAAGAAUCUCGUUGGUAGAUGACAUGGUUUCAAUUUGGAUCAGUUUUAAAAUUCUGGGCGUAAAUUGCUUUCUCACUUUCAAAGUUCUCAAUUUUUCAAAGCUUCUUUCCUGAAUCCUGUGAAAAGAAAAGAAUCAUGUCACCUGCCAAUCCCGCCUCCAAAAACGCUUGUUUCUUCAUUGGCGAGUCGUGGCUCUCAUUAGCACUCCUGUUUCUGCAUAGAGAGGGCAAAGCAAUGCCACUUUUUCUUCCGAUCCUGGUUUUACAUGCUUCAUUCAUGCUUCUAAUGACCUUUGGCUCUGAAGAAAAAAUAGUGGCUCAAAAUCAACAACACAUGUUGUUUCAGCAUGAGCAGUCGCCGAAAAGCGAAUCCGACCAAGUUGAGUGAACUCGUUGCCGCCGACGUCCCUCAGGACGGAUCAGAUUCAGAAUCCAGAACCAAGACGUCUCCCAGCAUGAUUGAAGAGGAUCAGCCCACACAAAUUGAAAUUCCUUAUGAGGUUUGUAAUUUCCUUCUGUUUUGGUUUAUUUUGAACUCAAUGCUCCUUGUUCACUUGGAAAAUAUUUGGUUAACCUCGUAUUUUCCUAUGAAAAGCUCGUUUAUUGCUCUUUGCACCACGCUUUUGAGUUGUGAUUUUUGUUCAAUAAACAACAAAAGCUAACAAAGUGUGCGCCAACUUGCAACUUGACGUAAAUGGCACCUCUCUUUGUGCAUGUGUUUUGAGAGCCGGCUUCCCUGUAAUUAGUGUGAUCGUGAGCAUCUGUGAGAUACCUAUGAUGUUAGCACGUCGUUGCUAAACGCUUUUGUGCCGGACGGACGGAUUUUCGCCGGCUGCCGGGGGUCGAACCAAGCCGCAAGAAAGAGGCGUGGUCUGUUCAACUCUGGCCCAGCCUCCUGCACAGCAGCCAAACGUUUUAACUGUUCACCCACAGCAAAAUCUUGUUAGUUCACGAAUGGCUACUAUUUUUGGAUUGAAUGAUUUACUAUACAAUCACCAAAGUCUGAACAAUUUUUCUUCGCACUUUGAUUCGGGUUUUUUUUUUGGAUGUUUGCCUGAGGAAGGCUUGUUUACUAUCUUUCAUCAUAAAUAUAACAAUACUGUGAUCCUCCAUUAAUUCUUUCCCCACUUAAUCGAACAAGCAUUAUUCAUUGGACCAUCUUUGAAAAAUACAAAAAAUGAAGUGUUUUGUUAAAAAUUUCUAAUUUUUUAACUUUCUUCCCAAGCUUUCGAAUUUUGCACCUCCACACUUUAUCAAUUCAUCCGAAUAACAAGUGCAAAGAUCAGUUGUUUGAGAAUGAUUCAUUCGAAUUCCUUUUCCAUAAAUUCAUUAAAAAGCGUCACGAUUUUGUACCAAACGCUUGAGCAAUUUUUUCAAAUAGAGUUAAUGAUCGCUCGGAAAGUUCGCAUGAGUUUCAAGCGUAAAAGUUCAUUUCAAGCAUGUUUUCUGACUACUCCAUUCUCAGAAGUAACUUCUCUUCCAUCAGCCUUUUAAUCAUUUCUAAUCAGUCCUAUGGAACUUUCCUACUGCUAGGACAAGCGUAGGAACUCAGGUUGGGAAACGUCGGCACUAUUAGGGCCGUGUGCCGAAGACGACGCAUAAUAGGGUGUCGUGUGAAGAAUAACUUGUAAUAAGACAACAUUAUUCGGAAUCUCGAGACUCACAUCAUAUUCAUCCUCGCGCCACGCACAAUUAGACCUCGAGCAAUUUUGCGCUCUUGAUUGUGAAGAAUACGUAGCGUUUCAAAUGAAAAGCCCAAAUUUGUCUCGGCUGUUUUCCAAGUCUGACGGUUAGAGUUUCUUUUUUUGCGCUGCAUGCAAAUAAUUAUAAAAAUUGAAGAUUCAAACAAGUGAAGAAGAUGGCGAUUAUUCUAGACUUUCAUUCUGGACAAAUUUUUCAAGUUUAUUAUUAUACCGAUACUUCUUAUUUCCUACAUUAUAAAUCUGUUGAAUUGAAAUAUUUCCUCAAGAUGUUCAUAGUCGAAAUCCCGCUUUUCUGGGCACUUGUUUAAUUUUAUUGACUUCAGGAAAUGGACGAGUCGCCUAAUGCGGCGGUAUCACCACAUGGAGCCUCAGUCAAAAGCAGUUCAAGCUCUAUGUCGGAGCAGACAAGGUUAUUUCCAUUUAAAAUGCUGAGAUUUCCCGGAAAAAGAAAUUUUCAUAAUAAUUUGAAUUGAAGAGGACUAUUGAAAGCAAGUCUUUUUGAACAUUUUCCAUUAGUUGGCAUUUUCAAAAAUUUAGUCAAAUAUAAACGAUCCAAUCGUAUCAUUAAUUUGUUCCAAAAUGUGUGAAAACAUUAAAAGCACCUUUGGAGCGGUCUGCAUCUCAUUUUCUGGCGGCGCCGCUUUUCCUACCGUUUUCGUCGCUUACAUGAAAGAGCAUGAAACUUGAAAAGAACCGUUGUGUCGCGUCAAAUUUCGAUGCGAAGCCACGUUCUCACGUUCUCGUACCAAAAUGGCACAAAAUUCAAAAAUGACCAGGGCUCCAACGGCACGUGCCAGCCCGUGUGACUUUUUUUCGCGCCAUCGUGAAUUCGACAGUGCCCUGAAAAGACAGCCAUUAUCAUUUUAUUUCCGAACGACACAAGAGCAAACAAAUAAAACGGUUGGGUGACCAUCGAGUGGACAGCCAAUUUUUGAACGCUGCUCAAACUUUCGGGCAAGCCCUGGAGUUGACCUUUCUUGGAAUGCUAUCUGAUAAGAAUGCUUGAGGUGUGAGAAAGGUUGGGGGCUGUACCGUGCCAGGUACGAAUCUCAGAAAAACAAUACGACAAAAAGAACAAACCUAAGAAUUGCGUAAUCCAUUUUUAAAGGUGUUGUCAUUUUCUCUCAGUUUACUUUCGAUGAUUUUUCAUGUUUAUUGGUAUGCGAUUCGGAGAAGCCUAGAAAGAAAAAAAACAUGAUGGCAUCACGACUCUCAUGCUUUUCUAAUCUUGUGCGUAUUACCUCGUCAGUUCUAAGUAAAUAAAAGGCGUAAAGCCUACUUGACGGAGUUUUCAAUCUCAGUUUUCCUAUAAAAUCCAAAGAAGAAACUCGAUUUUACUGUAGGAUUAUUCGGGCGAGCCGUUGUUCUGGCAUUGUCCAGCAAGGCUAUGUCGCCGUUUUUCGAACCCUUUGUUUCUUUGUCGCGUCGUCAUUGAUGUGCACAAGAAGGCACACUGGCAAAUCAAUCACGACAAUCGCGUGUAGCCGUUUACAUGGGUCCUUCGCGCCAACCCAGCGCGCGAAACUUUUAUUCCAUUUCCUUUUGUCUGACUGUUGCUUUCAAAAAGUUGGCAUGGCGAUGGGGAUUUCAAGCCAAGAUUCAAACAUUAGUGCAAAUUCUUGAUAGCGAGUGUACUGCUGAGAAGCGGGAUCUUCAUUUAUUUAAAGCUGAUUGAGCUUUGAUUGAAAAGUAGAAAAUGAAGAGGAGUCUGUUUGAAAUAGCAAAAAAUCCGGCGAGCCUACACUUAAUUUAUUAGAAAUCUGGAAAAGCUUCUCAAGUUCAAAGAAAAAUUUUAAUUAAUGGUAAUCGUACUCAGAAACAGUUCAGACCAUGCUUAUCUAUCGUAUUACGAGAAACUAUGAGAAUAUAAUAUUUUCAAUUAGAAACCAUUUUUUAAGUAGACUAAGACCGUUGAGAAAAGUUCUGGAAGGUUCAUUUUUGAACUCAAAGUUAGAAGCAAACUUCAGUUUUUUGAAAAUGCUCGCUUCAGAAUAGGACAUGACUAAUUUUCAAGAGUUCCAGAGUACCUAAAAUUCGAUUUUUUUAAUCAUCAACAUCUUGGCAAUUGAAAAAAAUCAUAUAGAACCUGCCAGGAUUUCAAGUUUUUGAUAAUAUUUGACGAAAGUAGUUAAAAAAAGAACAUAAUUCCGACUGAUAAAAUAUGCGGCAUUGAGCCAUAAGCAUUAUAUUAUUCCUGACAUGCAAAAGACUUGAUCCAUUGAAGGUACCGUAGACCUACAUGCAUCUUCUCAUUUGCGAAUUUCGAGUUUGUUCGCGUGACAUGCCGCCGUGCAUUGUUUUUGCGGGCUUCCGCCUCAUUCAGGGAGCAUACGGUAGUCGUCUGAAUAGCGCGCAUGUCAGGAGCCUGACAGCCUGCUGGGCCAAUAACACAAGGAAUAUUGCAUGGAGAGGCGUCUAAUAAAGAAUGAACUGUUGACUGAUGCUUCUGGCAAGCUCUCUCGUUGAAGCUCUAUCAUUGGUUUCAACUCAAAUUCUGGAAUCGUAGCUGGAUUUGAUCCUGACGGCGCGCAAAGCGGUUCACUGGCAACAUCACAAAAAUUCCAAGACACUGAAAAGUCAACCAAUUUAUUUUUCACAAUCUUAGUUCAUUGUGCCAGAAAAUAUCAACCUUAUUUCUUGAAAAAGUGAAGCGUGCUGAAAAGACCUUUAAAUUUCCUAUUCAAGAUUUUUUCCCAGAACAUCUUGAAACUAAUAGAAAAUCUUCAUAACAGCUUGAAAAUCAGAGAACUUUAAUCACAGUUUGAAAACCAGAAGAAUUCAAAAACUUGCUAUCAAAUUCCGGAAACUCUUCUGGUAAAUUAUUUUUGGUGACAUUGUUCUGCCCAUUUCUAAGUCCUCUAUCGCAAGCCAGAAAUAAAGGAACGGCACCGACGGCCCGUUGACCGCUGCUUAUCACAAAGGGCAGAAAGUACAAACGAUUUGAUAGCGGCCAUAUUAUGUGGUCACUUCUUACCAUCCACAUAAAGGGCUCAUUGUAUUCAACACCCUGCCAUGUUUCUAGCUCCUUUAACAAAUCUUAUUACAGUACUUCUGCAACGACUGGCAUCGCCGACUUUCCUGAUAUCUUGGCCCAAACUGAACACGGCUGUUCUGUUCUGAUAGACGGCAAUAACUUGAGGUAUUAUCAAUAAACUAUUGUUUGUCUGAAAAUGAGACUUCAGAGACAUUAUCAAUUCUGUUGAUAGCCAGGAAGCCAAAUUGGAUUUAUUGCAAAACGUCAUUAGACAGGUGACCACAGUUGCCUCAAUAAAAAUGCAAAAAGAUCAUUUGCAGCUGACCACGAUAAAAGAAAGAUUGUCCACAGAGGAGCUGCACUCCAAAGAAGAAAAAGAGGACAGCGAGAAUUCCUACAAAGACGAGGUUAGGCCGAAGCAAAAACACUAUGGCAGCUGUUGAGUAGUUUGGAGUUUUUCUUUUUUGAUUGCCGAAUAAUGGAAGCCCUUAACCAAGAAUGAUGCGGGAAGAUAUUUAGGGUCUUUCCAUUUUCAAAAAAAAAUUAUUCAUUUCAAAGAAAAUCAGAAGCUGAGUAUCGGUUGGAAACAACUCUGAAAGUUUUCGGUGAAGAAAUUUCAAAUCUCACUUCUUAGGAAAAACUUUGUAAUGGGCCUAUUUGGUUAGAAGAAGAAGUAUUCGAGACGUUUUUUCUAGAAAUCUUUGUCUUAUUGGUUAUUCGAAAUAGUUAUUAUACCAGAAUGUAUUUUAAAAAUUUGGAGCGAAUUGUUUAAACUUUUGAAAAAAAUGUAUAGGAAGAAAAAUUUUUCAUCCAACAAGAUUUUUGAUUAUUAUUUUUCGUUAUCUUUCGAAAUUAUAAGUCUAUAAAAAAACCCACGCUUUUAUUUCCUUCAAACUAGAAAACUCAUUAGUGAAAAAAAUUCGAAUUUUCGAGAAUAACCCAAAUGACUUAGCCUUCUUUCUCAGUACAAAGCCAAUGUGUCAUAGCCUUUUUUGCUUCCCUUUGUUGUUUUUAAUACCAAGACGUUCCCCUCGGACGUUCGUUCUUCUCGCGAACUUUUUUUCUGAACAGCUGCCUGAAAUGUUGCGAACCUCUGGGAUUGGCGUCUUUGUCUAGUCCGAAGGGGUCGAAAAGCCAGAACCAUGCUCAAAGAACGGCGCGACCUUUUGAUCCUUUCAUCGGAAUCCUUUGUAGGAAAAUUCGUGUCAGGCAUCAGGCGGCCAUUGUUCAGACAGAAUACAAAAAACGCUUUCUUUACCUCUGGCGACUUUGAUCAAACUUUUCCAGAAGAUGCAGACGGCCGCUUUUGACGCCGAAAUGCUACUUCGUCAACAAGUUCUGCUCCAGCAACAAGCUCAACAUCAGAAUCAUCGGCUUCUAGCGUCCAUGUUCGGGGGACAGUCGCAGUUUCCCUUUCUAUUCUCCGGUCAGUUGACGGUUUUCCUCAAUUUCUUGAUCCAGAAAAGCAACUUUUAUUUAAACAAUUAUUGAAAAAGCGUUUUGCAUCGCAGUGCAUGACAUUUUUUUGUUUAGGGUCAUACGAAAACCUUCUGCAUGGGAAUCUUAUGAACGCAAUGCCGUUGAUUCAACAAAACAUUGCAUCAAUUGCGGCAAAUGUGCAAAUGCAGCAAGCCGUGAAACAGGAAAAGUCGUUUGAUUGUCCGCUCAACCUCUCAAAGGUAACACAAGGCGUCAUUCAAAAAAGAAUCUCAACAAUUGUCCUAUUUAGCAGCCAGCCAAGGAGGAGCAGAUUCAUAUCCCGGGUACCGUACCUCAGUCUCCUUUAACUCCUUUCCGACUCCCCUUCCAGUUGCCUUCUAAUUUCGGAUCAGAUGGUUGGACAAAAUUUGCAAAAAGUCAAAAAAUAAUAUUUCUAGCCUCAUGUUUCAAUAACAUAUCCCCGGCUUCUUCUGGAAAAAGCACACCUGGCAAUGUUUCGGUCAGCAGUGAGGUUCCGACGCCUCGGCCUGUUGCGAAAUCCCCAAACCAUAUAAAACGGCCAAUGAACGCUUUCAUGGUAAACUUCAUUGUUCGAGCGGAGUUAAUAAUGUUUUUUAAGGUUUGGGCUCGAGAUGAACGCAGGAAAAUCUUGAAGGCUUAUCCGGACAUGCACAAUAGCAAUAUCAGCAAGAUCUUAGGUAGGCUAAAUGAUUAAGAAAAUGUCAAAAAACGACUCAGAAUGAAAGUUAUGAACAAAUAAGGAACUUACUUUGGUUAUUUUCAGGUUCCCGAUGGAAAGGUAUGAGCAGUACAGAGAAGCAACCUUAUUAUGAAGAACAAUCUCGUCUGAGCAAACUUCACAUGGAGCAACACCCCGAUUACCGAUAUAGGUGGGAACAUAAAAAACACAUCAUUUUCACCUCGACAAUCAGGCCACGACCGAAAAGAACGUGUCUUGUCGACGGGAAGAAGAUGAGACUUACCGAGUACAAAACAAUGAUGAAGUCAAAAAAGGAGCCAUGGACCGAUGAGCAACCUUUCAACUCGCCUUCUCAGGUGAAAUUUUUCCAGCGAGGAAAAAUUAGUAAUAUUUUAGGUUGCAGAUGGAGUUUGGUCUUUCGAGCGCAGUUUUACUGGCUGACAUUGCGCAGCACCACCAUCAGUCCCAUUUGCUGCAAACAGCCGAGUAA